AUGUUUCAAUCAUUAGAAAAUUAUUUAAUAAAAAAUAGAAACCUUUUUUUAUCAUCUUCUUCAUCAUACAAUAAACAAAUGAUGUUUAGUAAAUUCCUAGAUACGAUAUUAAAGAAAGAUAGUAGUUCCAACACAUCAUGUAAAGACAAUCACAAUAAUAACAAUAGCAGCAGCAGCAACAACAAUAAUAAUAGUUCAUCAUCAGAUUCCUCUUCAGCUUCAUCUGGAGCUGGUGCUCACACCAAUUUCGACGAUCAUCACUCAUCAUUUUCGACAUCAUCAUCCACUUCAAACUCCACUUCAACCACACCAAAAAAUUCAUAUCGUGAACUUCCAGUUGAACAUGUUUUAAAAAUAGUUAUUUUAGGUGGACAUCAAGUUGGAAAAUCAAGUUUAAUUAGAAGAUAUCUACAGGAAUGUUUUACAAAUUCAUAUAUACCAACGAUUGGAGUGGAUCUAUCGACGCUGAUAUUGGAACCGGCGGUCGGUGCAUCGUCUACUACUCAACAACCACAAAUACCCACCAAUGAAUUACAAUUACAAUAUCAAAUACAACAACAGCAACAACAACAACAACAGACACCUAUAACAAAUUCAAAUAAUAAUAAUCAUUAUAUGUCAAAUAGCUAUUAUUAUAUACAGUUUAUAGAUGUUCCACAAGCAGAGAUAAGAGGUAAACAUGUUGGAUCUAUUUUCAAUGGUGUCACUGGUGUUAUCAUGAUGUUUGACUCUACCAAUGCAUCGUCGAUCGUUGCAAUCGAUGAAUGGAAGAAUGUAUUACGUCGAUAUAAUCUAGAUCACAGAAUUCCAAUUGCUCUAUUUGCAAAUAAAUCAGAUUUAGGUGAUUCAAUUAUAAAUGGUUCAGAUUUAGAUAAUUAUUGUAAAGCAUGUGAAUAUAAUUUCUGGAAAUUUACGAGUGCGAAAAAAGAUAGUGGUGUCAAAGAGGGAAUUGAGAAGCUGCUUGAUUUAAUAUUGGAGCGAAAGCAACAGGAGAUGGAAUCAAAGAAACGUUCGACAAUAAUAACUAUCCAGACAUCCGAUUCCAGACAUUCGUCAAUGAAGUUAAACAAGGAAAGAAUGAUCUCUCAAUCGAUGCCAACUAUCAUACUGAAUCCAAACAACUCGAAACUGAAAUCAUUCGAUUCUCCCAACUCCUCAAAGACAACCACACCCAUUUCAGAGUCACCACAAUCAUCUGGUUUACUUUCACCAAAACAACAACAACAACAACAACAGUCAGAAACAACAAGUCAGCCUGUUGAUAUUAUAAACUCUUCAUCUUUGUCGUCAGACUCGAUAACUAUUGAUGGCCAACAACAACAACAACAACAACAACAACAAGUGAAUCAAGACAAACCAAGUGGACCUGUAUUGGUGUCGUCUGUGCAGCCAGAACGACCAAAGACACAACCAUCGGAUAUUCUCAAGCUGACGGAACUGCAGAAUUUGGCCACAGAUUUUUAUGGACGCAUUGGCAAGCAGCUCGAAGACCUGCUACAACGGUCGAUGGGAUCGAGAUACAAGGAUUUGUCGAUGCUCGAGAAGCAGCGUAGUCAUGAAUAUCUCAAGAUUUGCAAUUGUUUGAAGAAGAUGAUACAACCACAACUUCAUCAUCAGAUGAACGGCGGUCGCUCCAAAAACAUCACUAAAGAGAUCGUACAGAGUGCACUCGAAGAGAAUAUCAAGAAAUGGAAUACGCUCAUGGAGAACCUACAUUUAGAGUCGGCAUUGGACAACCAAGAGGUUCUAUCGUCGAGUCUGAAAUUGGAUUCCAAUAUUCUAUCAUCAUCCAACUUACACUCCUAUUCCAACUCGACGCUUUCCACAAUAAGCGAAGAGUCUAACAAUCACACGUCACCAAGACCAUCCAACUAUACCAAUAAUGUAAAUUCAAAUCCAUCAACUACAAUCAACAACAACAACAACAACAACAAUAGCAAUAACAACAACAAUCGAUACAAUCCACAGAGACAAAUAUCACGAUCAUUGUCAAACUUUGAAAAUCACAAACCACACAAUCACCAUCAUCAUCAUAAUCAUCAUCAUCACCAUCAUAGAUCUUCAAACAAUAACAAUGCCAAUGGUAAAUGGAAAAUGGGAUUUGGAUUUAGAAAUAAUGGUAGAAAUCCAUCAAUUCAAGUACCAUCUUCAAAUUAUAAUUUAGAUACAGACAAUCCUGUAUCAUCUUCAUCUACGAUGUCAUCGACUUCUUCAUCGUCAUCGAGAUCAGUGUCACCGCUUGCUUCACCUUCAUCAUCACCUACCAACUCACUUCCGAUUUCAUCACCAUCAAUACUUCCCUCAUCUUAUGAUCUAACAGUACACAAUCUUCCACAACCUCCACUUUCCUCUUCCCUCUCCAACAAUAAUAGUUAUCAAGAUUUAAUACAACCAUAA